AUGUCCAAGUCUCUGCCCUACUCCAGAAAAGAUGUUGACUACGAUAACGCCAAAUUUCGUCACCGUUCUUUCUUCAAGGUUAUUACACAGACCUUCCUCACCAGUAACCGAAAGCGUGAUUGUAUUGGCUGUAGUACUGGGAAGUUUCUGUUCUUAAUAUUGAUCUUUGGUGUAGCAUACCUUGGGCUGACACAUAACCCAAUUCCAAGCCGUGUAGUUUCUCGAGAUCAAGUAUUUGGAAUUAGAAAAUAUGAAGAAAAUAACAGCAGUACUAAUGGUGUCGAAAGAUUAAAGAAGUUCUGGAGACGGGCGCCACGACUUCCUCCUCAAUUACCGCCCGAUACUAAAAGGAGUGAUAAUGGUAUUGAUCAUGUAGCUACAGCUCUAGAUGUCAAAGCAUUAUGGAUUACUCGACAACAAAAAGUCAAAGAUGCUUUUACUCAUGCGUGGUCGGGCUACAAAAGAUAUGCAAUGGGUUAUGAUGAACUUAUGCCAGUUAGCCAACAGGGAAUCGAUGGAUUGGGGGGAUUAGGGGCAACAGUAGUGGAUGCUCUUGAUACAGCUAUGAUAAUGGGCAUUGAUGAAGUCGUUGCUGAAGCGGGAUCCUGGGUUGAAGAAAACCUUUCCGAGAGAAUUAGCAAUAAAGGCCAAGUAAAUUUAUUUGAAACUACAAUACGGGUUUUGGGUGGGCUUUUAAGCGCAUAUCAUCUAAGUGGAGGGGAAAAAGGAAUGAACAUAACUCAUGCUGGACCUAAACCAGCUGUUUAUCUAGAAACUGCUAAGAAUUUGGCUGACCGUCUGCUAUCUGCUUUCACAUCCAGUCCGACUCCCAUUCCAUACAGUGACGUUGUUCUGCAUGAUUCUUCAGCACAUUCAGCUCCUGGUGGAUUGAGUAGCACGUCUGAAGUUUCCACGUUGCAACUCGAGUUCAAUUAUCUCAGUCAUGUAUCUGGUGAUCAGAAAUAUGGUUUGGAGGCAAUGAAAGUCAUGGAUCACAUAAAGACUCUUCCAAAAGUUGAAGGACUAGUUCCUAUCUUCAUUAGCCCUCAUUCUGGCGAGUUUAGUGGAGAAAAUAUUAGACUGGGAUCUCGUGGUGACAGUUACUAUGAGUAUUUACUUAAAGUAUGGCUUCAGAGUGGAACUAGUAGAGAUAACAGUACAUCAUAUUUAUACGACAUGUAUAAGGAAGCAAUGAACGGUGUUAGGCAUCGUCUUGUUCAGAAAUCUGUUCCAAAUGAACUAGUUUUUGUUGGAGAAUUGCCUUCUGGACCAAAUGGUGGUUUCAGCCCGAAAAUGGAUCACUUGGUGUGUUUCUUAUCUGGAACUCUUGCACUUGGUGCCACUAAAGGCCUUACAAAGAAACAGGCAAUGGAAAACAAUAUGCUUAACUUUGAAGACCUAGAAAACUUGAAGCUUGCGGAAGAUUUAGCUAAAACAUGCUUUGAGAUGUACUCAGUGACUUCAACUGGUCUAGCUCCCGAAAUUGCUUACUUUCAUACCAAGGAAUUUUCUGAACAAGGUCAUGAAGGAGGAAAUAAGAGCUCAGAAUAUAUUAACGACAUCAUAAUAAGACCUGCUGACCGGCAUAAUCUCUUGAGACCUGAGACUGUGGAGUCGUUCUUUGUUUUAUACCGCAUUACAGAAGAUCUAAAAUAUCGCGAAUGGGGUUGGCAAAUCUUUGAAGCCUUUGAAAAGUACACAAAGGUUGAUACCGGUGGAUAUACUUCUUUGGACGACGUAACUAUUAUUCCUCCUCCUAGAAGAGAUAAAAUGGAGACUUUCUUUCUAGGAGAAACACUUAAGUAUUUAUACUUGCUCUUUGGGGAAAGCUCCCAUAUUCCAUUGGACAAGUUUGUUUUUAACACAGAAGCACAUCCUAUACCAAUCAAUUUGAAGAAAUGA